AAAAAGAAUAUCAAAAAUCAAACCCGCUUUAAUUGAUAACAUACAUUAUGUAUAUAGCACCGAAAGCCGGUGGCGGCUUCUUUGGCUUCUUCAAGACUGAGCCUGGACGCCGAGUAGUCUUUUACACAGCGGGCGCCACGACAGUUGGCCUGUUUGUCGGCAACUUCCUUCCCCACACAUUUGGACUGAAGUACUACCGCGACUUUGUGCAAUGCUACCAAAAUGGCGUGGAAAGGCCUGUGCCGGAAGCAGUACAGAGCCGGCUGGAGCAAGCGUUGGACAAACUGCAGGUUGAACCCUUUGAGCGCAAGUUCGUCAAACCCUUCACCGUGUUCGGCUUCGAUCUGUUCCAAGCCGGGACCACCAAGUUGCGAUUCGGGUCCGCUCUGGGCAUACCCGUGAACUACGCCUAUGGCAGUACUGCAGAGAUCAAGCGAGCCGACAUUCGCUUUAGGGACCAGCAAAUUAAUUGGAGUUCUCCCAGCGGAAAGCUGCUGGAGCAGGCCAUCGUGCUGACCGAAGAUGAGCAGAUCUUUGGGCUUAGCAAGGCCAUUCUCCAGCUGCAAACGUAUCGGGUGCUGCUCAACUCCAUAUUCCCCUCCGUGAGCUUCCUCAUGGUCUACACCAUCGGACACUAUCUGAACCUGCGCCUCAAUCUGUUCGCCCGCCAUGGCAGCGUGCGCUUUGUGCUGUACUCCAUAUUGGGUCUGUUCGGAGUCGGCAGUUGGACGUUCAUGAAGGACUUCAAUCAGGUUGCCACCGAUGCCGAGAUUGACAAGAAGCUGGCCACCCUGGGGCCGCAGUUUGUGGCCUCCGGUGCCAGCUUCUAUGAUAAGCAUUUAAAGAAGAACAUUGCGUUGAGGGAGCUCAUCGGUGAUGACACCUACACCGCCUUGGGCAAUGAGAACUACAUGCUGCGCCAGAAGUCCAUGCCGUUGACGGCACGCAAGUUAUUCUUCCUGGAAAAGCUGCAGGAGCUGCAAAAGGCGCAGACACAGCAGCCACCUCCAACCGAGUCGCAAUAAAAAAUGCACACACA